AUGGGCAACAUCCUUGAGGAGAUUGCGGCCCAGCGCCGUCUAGAUGUCGUGGCUGCCAAGCAGAUCGUGUCGACUGAGCAGCUGAUGCAGAAGAUUGAAAACACGGAGAGUAUGUAUGGCCCAUCUUUACCCGUGCUUGACCGUGUCAAUGCGCCUGCGAAAGAGGGCUGGCUGAAUAUUGCACUGGCAGCUGAGUUCAAGCGCGCGAGUCCUAGCAAGGGAGAUAUUGCUACUAAACUGAAUCUUCGUGACCAAGUUAAAGCAUAUGCUGAUGCGGGUGCGAGUAUGAUUUCUGUGCUGACAGAACCCAAGUGGUUCAAGGGUUCGCUAGAGGACAUGAUGGUGGCCAGAGAAGUCGUGGAAGGCAUGAAACAACGUCCCGCUAUCCUGCGCAAAGACUUUAUUAUUGACGUGUAUCAGUUGCUGGAAGCUCGUGCAUACGGUGCGGACUGCGUGCUGCUUAUUGUGGCUCUACUGUCGAAGGAGCAGCUCAAUGAGCUCAUUAGCGCGACGCACAACCUGGGUAUGUGCGCAUUGGUUGAGGUGAACAGCGUCCAGGAGCUAGACAUUGCUCUAGCCGUUAAAGCCAAGUUGAUUGGCGUGAACAAUCGCAAUCUUCGCACGUUUAAGGUGGAUAUGAACACGACUGCUCGAGUUGCAGACGCUGUUCGUGAACGAGGGAUAUCGCUUGGACGCGAGGGUGUCACGCUCUUUGCUCUCAGUGGUAUUCGCUCACACGCUGAUGUAGUCAAGUACAAGAAAUGCGGUGCCCGUGGCAUCUUGAUUGGCGAGUAUCUAAUGAAGAGCGGUGAGAUUGCCGCGACGGUCAAAGACCUCUUGCAGAAUGUGAUGCCCCGUAGUGAGUUAGGGGACCUGCCUCUUCUUCCACCGCUUGCGAAGGUGUGCGGUGUCACAACCGUCGAGUAUGCACUGGCUGCCUUGCGUAAUGGUGCUAACAUGAUUGGCAUUAUCAUGGUGGAACACUCGCCUCGACAUGUUCAGGUAGAGCAAGCGAAGGCUAUUGCUAAGGCCGUGCGUGAGUACGGUGAACGCACGGGCCCUAUCCUCCCAGACAUCUUAGAAGUAUACCUCAAUGGGAAAAAUGACUGGUUCCAUAGGAAUGUUCUGGCCCUGCGUGAGGCUUGUUCCCGUGCACCUCUUGUGGUGGGCGUGUUUGCGAACGCGACAGCUGCUGCCAUGAACGCGGCUGCCAGUGAGAUCGGACUGGAUCUCGUACAGCUUCACGGUGACGAAGGCUUUGAGAUCUGCAAGGACAUUAAGUACCCAACUAUUCGUGCGUUACACUUGCCAGACACUACGCUAAGUGAUGGCGUCGAUGCUGAGGCGAUUCUUCAACAGGUCCAGAAGGGUGUUGCUAACUUCAUUCUGCUCGAUACCACGAUGAAAGGCCAACAGGGGGGCACUGGAGUGGCGUUUGACUGGAACAUUGCGGCUAUUUUCAUGCACGCACGCAUUCCAUGCCUCAUGGCUGGUGGUCUUACUCCCGAGAAUGUGGUGAAGGCUUUAUCAGUUGGUCACCCUGUGGGCGUUGACGUAAGCAGUGGCGUGGAAGUAAAGGGGUCUCCUGGCGUAAAGGAUCUGGACAAAAUGGCUAUGUUUCUAAAGGCCGUAAAGGAUUAUCUCGCAGUUGCUACACUUAAAAUUGAUGAGGAUAAGGAGAUCUAG